GAUUUUUGGCAUUUUCCAGCUACUACGCCCGCAAUUUGGCUGUACACAAAUCGGACUUCUGAUCCAAUCCAAAUCCAAUGCCAUUCAAUGCUCGACUACGAUUGUUGAAAGUUUAAACACACCGAUCGACGCACAACACACCAUCACCAUGGGCAAUAAAUCGUCGCUUUUCCUGCGGAACGAGGAGAUCGCGCAAAUCCAGGAGGAGACUGGCUUCACCCCCAACCAAAUUGAGCGACUUUACUCCCGCUUCACCUCGUUGGAUCGCAACGAUUGCGGAACCCUGUCUCGGGAGGAUCUGAUGCGAAUACCGGAACUAGCCAUUAAUCCGCUGUGCGAGCGGAUAGUGCACUCCUUCUUUGCUGAGAGCAACGACGAUCGGGUGAACUUCCGGCAGUUCAUGAACGUCCUGGCCCACUUUCGCCCGCUGAGGGAUAACAAGCAGAGCAAGCUCAACAGUCGAGAGGAGAAGCUGAAGUUCGCCUUCAAGAUGUACGAUCUGGAUGACGACGGUGUGAUCAGCAGAGACGAGCUGCUAUCAAUUCUGCACAUGAUGGUCGGGGCGAACAUAAGCCAGGACCAGUUGGUCAGCAUUGCGGAAAGGACGAUCCUGGAGGCGGACCUGUGCUGCCAGGGCAAGAUUUCGUUCGAGGAUUUCUGCAAAGCUCUGGACCGCACCGACGUGGACCAGAAGAUGUCUAUACGGUUUCUCAACUAAGCUGGAUUUAGGGAUCACAAGGAAAGCGAGCUUCUUAGUCAGUGUGUACCAAAUAGUUUAGGGUGAAGUUAGUCGAGAGGCAUUCCGGCGGGUUUCUGAAACCUCUGAUUUGGAAACAGUGGUUACUGUGCUUAUUAUACCAGUAGUGUUUUUAAGCAUUUAGAAGAUUCAAUUUAAUGAAAAGUGUCGCAAUGUUUUUUAAACCUCAGAAAUUUUGCAUAAAGCUUAUCUAAGAUAUUGCAUUCUAGUUAAACAAAAAUUUCAUAGUUUUGAAGUCAUUAUUUGUUUUGAUCACAAGUCCUACUGGAAUCUUGAAAAAUUGUUUGGAAAUCUGAUCAUAUAUUUAUGAUAAAAAUAUAAAUAAAUAUUUUGUUGUCUUAUAUUUACACUCCGAAAAAUCAAUUAAAUAUCUCUUAGGCUUCAGAAACGAUCCGGAUUUACUUGUAUUAGUAGUUGUUAUGAAGAAAGAGAUGCAGAUUUCAUUUUGUUAAAACCUUGUUUUUAUAAUUACAAACUCAUUCCGCUCAACGUAAAUUCUAACUUAGUGUUCAUCUGCUUACGAAUAAAAGCAACGCGGAUUAGCAUAA